AUGUCCCGCCGCCUCCUAAUCCUCUAUGGCUCCGAGACCGGCACCGCCGCCGACCUCGCCCACGAGCUCUCGCGCCUCGUCGAGCGCCACCACUUCCUCCCACGUGCCUCGCAGCAUCAGCGCUCUCGCCGCCCGACUCGCUGCCGUCGUGGCCGCUCGUGGAAGAAGAUCCCGACCGACUGGCUGAAGGGCACGUGCUUCACGACGUUUGGCUGUGGGGAUAGUACGUAUGCGGGGUUUAACUGGGCGGUGAGGAAGCUGCAUCGGCGGCUGCUGCAGGUGGGCGCUGUGGAGGUGGCUGAGAGGGGGGAGGGCGAUGAGCAGCAUGCUGAUGGGAUUGAUGGCGCGUUCCUACCGUGGUCGAGUAGGCUGCUGGAGGUCCUGCUAGAGCGAUAUCCACUGCCCGAGGGCGUGGCGCCGAUCCCGAAGGAGGUGCUGCUGCCGCCAAAGUGGGUGCUCGAGCUGGCCGAGAGACGUGCGGCACAUCAAGAUCACGCUGCCCACGCCCGUCUCCUACGCACCGGGCGACACCAUCUCCCUACUGCCCAAGAACCACCCCGACGACGUGGCCCACCUCCUCGAGCUGCAGUCCUGGCAGUCCAUCGCCGACCGCCCCUCCAGCUGCUGCCCAACCCUGCCGUCCCCACCGCCGCGCUCCCGCCAUCACCGAUACCAAACCCCGUGUCCCCGCUCACGCUCAGAACGCUGUUGACCCACCACGUCGACAUCACCGCCAUCCCGCGCCGCUCCUUCUUCGCCACCAUCGCGGCCCUCACCACGGACGACACACACGCAGAGCGCCUCCGCGAGUUCACAGACCCGCAGUACACCGACGAGCUCUACGACUACACCACGCGCCCACGGCGCAGCAUCCUCGAGGUGCUGCAGGAGUUCUCGACCGUCGCCAUCCCCCUCGAUCGCAUCCUGGAGGUGUUCCCCCCGCUGCACGAGCGCCGCUUCUCCAUCGCCUCGCCGCCAACGACGGAGCCAGAGGUCGAGAUCCUCGUGGCGGUCGUCAAGUACCGCACCAUCAUCAAGAAGAUCCGCGAGGGCGUGUGCACGCGGUGGCUCGCGGCGCUAAAGCCCGGCGCGGAGGUCACCGUGGCUUUCCAGCGCGGGGGGCUGGGCGAUGCGGCGGGGAGGCCGGCGGUGAUGGUGGCGCCGGGGACGGGGGUUGCGCCGAUGCGCGCGCUUGGGGCGGACUUUUUCUUUAGGGGUGAGUGGGAGGCGCUGGAGGAGAGGGGCGCGGUGAGGGUGUUUACGGCCUUCUCGAGAGAUCAGAAGAGUAAGAGUGGGAGGAUGCCGAGUGCGGUGAGGGAGGCGCUGGUGGAGGUGUUUGAGAAGUGGGGGAGCAUGGGGAGAGAGGAGGCGGAGGAGUUUCUGAAGAUGCUAGAGACGGAUGGGAGGUGGAGGCAGGAGACGUGGGGAUAG